GCCGCCUCCAUAGUAUGAGAGACGCUGUUCACCUUUUAUUACGUUAUUGAGCCAGUUUGUGCUACAAAACAGAUCUUAUGAUGGAGAAAGCCCUUGAGAUUCAGAACCAGGUUAGACAAAAUGCUGCCGAGUUGAAUGAGUUUCUCAGCAGCAUGAAUCAGUGGGAGGCUAAUGUCAAAAAGAAAGACCAGAAGUUAAAGCAACAAAAAGAAGGAUCAGAUGUGAAAGAAGAAGAGAGCCUACCUCCAGUGAGAAAUUCAGUAGUGAGACCCAAGAAGAAGAAAAAGAAGGAGAAAACAUUGGAGAAGGAGAGAGCUAAAGAGGAAGAGAAGAAACGAAGAAUUAGAAGUUAUGAUUUCAAAGCUUGGGAUAAAUUUGAUGUGGACAAAGCAUGUGCUGAGUUAGACAGCGACAAUGAAGACAAGAAAUCAUCAUCGGAAUAUGAAACUGACAGUGAAGCUGAACUUGAAGCUGAAAGAAGUAGACAACAAGCAAUAGUUGAAAAAGACAGAGGUAAUGCUUAUUUUAAAGAAGGCUUGUAUAAGGAGGCUGUACAUUGUUAUACGACUGCUAUCAGCUGUGAUUCGUACAAUGCUAUCUUUCCUGCUAACCGAGCAAUGGCAUAUCUGAAAAUGGAAAAAUACGAGGAGGCUGAAUAUGAUUGUAACACAGCAUUAUCAUUAGAUUAUACAUAUGUCAAAGCGUACCAUAGAAGAGGCACUGCGAGAAUUCAUCUUGGUCAAUUAGAUGAUGCUAAAAAAGAUUUUGAACAAAUUUUGAAUUUGGAACCAUCCAACAAGCAGGCAGUCAACGAACUCAAAAGAAUAGAACAGUUAAUGAGAAAAAGAGAAGAAGAUGAAAUUAAGAAAGCUAAAGAAGCAGAAAAGGCAAUAGUGAAACCAAUUAAAAAACUUCCACAUGAAAGAUCAAAGAAACCGCUGAGGCGUUUACACAUAGAAGAGAUAGGGGGUACUGAUGAUGAAGAAGAGCAAAUUAACACAAACAAACAAACUGAAGUCAAGCCAGUCGUAAAAGAAAUACAGAAAUCCACAUUUACAAGCCCAGCUGAUUUUGGUAAUAUGUGUAACACAGAAACAAAGCAGAUGAAUGGAAUACUGGCAGAUGAACAUAAAGAUAAUAUCCAAGCAGAACAGAACAGAGAAACGAGUACACAAAACGAUUCAGACAAUACAAAGAUGAAAUCCAUUAAAGCAUCUUCUUCUCCUACCACUGUACAAACUACUAGCAAUAAAUCACCAUCAAUUCCUGAUGUUCCAUCCACAUCAUUUCAGUUACUUGCUGAUUGGAAAUCAUUACAACAACAUCCUCAGCUACUUUAUCAGUAUUUCAAGAAAAUUCCAGCAUCCAGUUUUCCAAAGUUAUUCCAGCAAAAUAAAGAUCCUGUAUUUGAUAUACUUAAACACCUAUCUGAAGUGAAGAGAUUUGGAAUGAAUGUCAUGUUUAUGUCAUCACCGGAUAAAAAAGUUUUGAAAGAUCUUUUUGAGUACAUGAAGUCAUCACAGCCAGAAAAAGCAGCUGAUAUUGAAGUGUUAGCCAAGAUAUAUGAACUCUGA